CUGGCCGCGUCUCGAUUAUAACCUCUCCCCCGGGGUCUCGCGUAAAAUUAUAAGAACGAACGGAGAGCGCACGAGUAGAUAGGCAAACGGCCUAUGUCCGUCGGCCUUACGAUGGGGACUCAGUGCGUAUAAGAGAGUUUCGAAAGAAUCCACCCGGUCGGUAUACCUACGUCUCGGUGGUAUCGCGUGUGUAACACCCGGCCUACCUUUUCGUCCAUGAGCCACAGCCGCCAAUCUGGUUUAGUCAGGUUUAGUCGUGUGUCGUACUCCAAGCGGGCGCGUCUGGUCGCAGUAAACGUCGAUUCAGGGUGGUUCUCUCGUGUGUGUGCACAAAUCCACGCGCGGCGAACCGGCGUUGAAAUCACUCGAAUGGGACACGGUCGAGACUGCUGCGCCGGAAUCGGUUUGAAUACAUACACGUUCUCGUCGUCGUUUCGUAAGGAGACGAGAGAGGAAGCAUCAUCUCCGGCGGUGAUUACGACCAGUUGUAUUUCGGGGACCUGUUCCGAAGGGGAACUCCGGUCGUACACCUUGCCUCACGGGACCAAGAGACAUACAUACACGCCGCGGAACGAUCACAGCGAGUGACGUAACCUGUACGACGCGCGGGCAUGAUAAUAGAUACGCGUACGUUAGCCGGUCUACGUUCACGAUCAGAUAAGACGAUCGAAAUUGUGCCCGGUUUGUACGUGUUUGACGAUCCGUAUCAGUGGCCGUUACACGGUGAAAACAGUUCAGUUGGUGGUCUCCGUGAAAUCUCGGGCGGCAACGAUGAAAAUGGAGGCGGAUCAUAGGCUGGAGCAGCUGAAGAAGGCGACCGACAGAAUACAGAAGGAGAUCGAAGAGGUCACGGAGAGGGAACACGAGCUACGAAACGUGGGUAGCAUUAAGACCACGUCCCACGAGACGGUGGAUUCCAAGGUGCGUCGAAUGCCACAAGCUUUGGCCUCGGGUAAACUGAAGAGGACAACGUCCACACCGCAGAUCCUGGAGGCGGUCAGUCUGACGCAAACCACGCCACCCUUCACGCCAAAGAUGACGAACGGAGUGAUAUCGAGCCGAACCACACCAACGCCCCUGCGGUUCGCCACGACACCCAGUCAGAAGGGGUUGAUGCACAGGUUUCUCGCCACGCGGGGAAAGAUCUAUAAACCGAAAUCCCCGGCCAAUAACACGCUGACGCCACCCAUGACACCCACCAUCACGCUGAACCCGUUGAGCAUCAAGACGUUCAAUCGAAAUUUGGAGAUUCAACUCGAACCGGACGAUGAGCCCAAGAAACCGCCGGUUAGAAAGGGAUACGUUCCAGUCGAAGAGAAGAUCCAAAAGGAGCUGCACGAAAUGAAGGAACGGGAAAACGAACUCAGAUUAAUGCGUUCGCAAAUGCUGGCCAAGUCGCAGCCGAAUCUGUUGGAUAUCGGAUACGAUAAUGAUUCUGAUAUUUACGACGGUUCGAGCUCGUUAAGAAGCGGAACCUCGUCCAAUACUCUGAAUGAGGAUGAAGCAGAAAAAGAGAGUAAAGGAAAACACAAGCCAAAUCCACGACGUCGGAGCACCCUUAUAGCACAGUGGGAAAAUUUGAUAGCUGCGAAAAAGGAGUCUAAUGAUAAUGGCAAUGAAAACGAUUUAAACUUUUAAAUAAUAUUUGCCGUUUUGUCGGAAAGUCAGAAACCAUCUCUAUAUCCUCGCUUUUGUACUGUUUCGUGUUUAAAGUCAUUCCCUAAAUUGUUUAAUACAAAUCGCAGUAACCUUGAAAAAUGUGCUACGA